CCAAAUAUGGGAUCUUGAGUUCUGUUGACAUCAAACAUCAAAUAAUGUCUGUAUAAACUAAUCAAAACCUGCAAUGAUUCUCCUUAGCUGUGUGAUGCUUUAACAUUUCAGAUGUUUUUUUAAGUAGGAACUCUUUCUCCUUUCAACGGUUCCUCAUCGGCGUGAGAUAUGGCAAAGAAACAUGUUUGUUUAGUGGCUCUGCCAUCAGAUUAACGGGAAAUAGGCUGUGAGCAUCAUCUGUUGAAUUUGAAUAUCUUGCAGAGUCUGUUUUAUAACAUUCAGUGGCGUGUGGGCACGUGAUCUGUCAUUUCUGGAACGAUUGAGCCUCACACAGCGCUUGCCAUGUGUUUAAUGCAUGUAUAAAUAUCUUUAAACGCUCACUUAUUCCAUUUCCCUCAUAAACAUUCUUUCCAUCUUUGUUUACGUUCACUUUAGCACUCUGUUUCCUUUGCUUGUGCACUUUCUUCAUGUCUUUCACUUUCAGUAUCAGUCACUGACAGAUGCCUGACACCUACUCAUGUUCUAUUUAUUCUUCCUGCACUAGACGCCUGGAAUCAUUUUCAGCUGGAUAUGCAUCGACAUUAAUGUCUAAUGAACAGCAGAGCGGUUUACAAGAUGAAUUCAACGGCAGACGAGACCAGAGGUGGAAGACCUCAAAAAACCGGGGGCAAAGACCACAAAAAGCCCACAGCUGAAGCCUUGAGAGGAGCCAUCCAGCUCGGCAUCGGGUACACAGUCGGCAAUAUGACCUCCAAACCAGACAGAGAUGUUCUCAUGCAAGACUUCUACGUUGUUGAGAGUGUCUUUCUCCCGAGGUAUUACCGCACGCGAUCGCUGAGGGGGAGAGGCGGGAUAGGGGACAGUAAGCGUCAGGGUGGGCAGAAGGUCCUGUACUCCACAGCCCGCGAGUCCAUUCAAGGAGACGGCAAAGCAGCCGAGACUCUUCCUGAUGCCGAUGACGACACAUUGGGUGGCAUUCCUGCUAAACACAAAGACGAGAAGUUGCUGAUCUUUCUGGGGAUCAUUGAUAUCCUGCAGUCCUAUAGAUUUAUAAAGAAGGUUGAGCACUCGUGGAAAGCUCUUGUGCAUGAUGGCGACACAGUAUCUGUCCAUAGACCUAAUUUCUACGCUGACAGAUUCCUGAAGUUCAUGGGCACCACAGUAUUUAAAAAGAUUCACCCUCUCCGUGGUGCAUCCUCGAGAAAGAAGAAAAACUCUAUCCAGCCGUGUAGGUCGGCCUCACAGGAAUUUCUGUCGACUGUAAAAGAAGAGAGUCAAGAAGAGAGGAGGGCGCAAAGCCUGGAAAACCUCGAUGAUACAGAAACACACUCCUCUCAGAAACCUGAUGUUAUUCCAAGCUCCACCAGACUCAACGCGGCGAUUUCAGCCGCCACUAUGUCUUCUAAUUCCUCUCUAGAUGAUGUGAAGACUGAAUCAGAAACCAGAGAUGAUCGUAGGACGUCCAGCUCGACUCUUGCAUUGGAGGAUAGCACUCUUCUUGCUUCAGACUCACAGGCGAGCACACCUGAGUCCGGUCUGGAUGUCUACUUGUGAAGUGUGGGGCCUUCUGAAGUGGACCGGGCCAUCCAAACAUGUACUAGAUGUAGAAACCGUGGACAUGCUGUCUCACCCGCCACAAUUUUGCACAAUGGAUAUCUCUAGCUGCUAAUACACAUGGACUGAGAAAUGCCUUAUGUUUGAAACAAUGGCAGAGCGAUUGCCACACUAUAGUACUGCAGUGCCUUACACUGUCUGUGCACUUUGUACCUACUUGCAAGCACAAGUUUGUUGUAUAAUAAUAGUUACACUCUCAUUAGACCAGUGUGCUGUAACUAUCUCAUAAACAUGCUGGUUGGUAUGCAUGUUAAAGGCAUGAUACCAACCUGAUUAAAGCAUGUGUCAUACAAACAAAGAAAUAAGUUUAUUAUAUGAUAACACUGGUAUAAUUAUAUUGUGAGCACUCCUGCCUUGUAUUGUGUGAGUAAUGAUUUCAUGUAAUCAUUACAGAACAGUGACUAGUACCAAAAGUUAGUAACAUUGUCAAUAGUGAGCAUGGAUUGAUUAUUAUGUCUGCUCAUGUGAUUUUGAUGCACAAUCAGCAUAAUAUAAUGACAUGGGGCUAUUAUAAUGGUAAAUGUUACUUUUUUGUCUAAAGAUUUACAUGGGUUUAGACGUUAAAAGCCAUAAAUCUUUCAAAACGUUUUAUAAAAUGUAUUUAAAUUUAAAUGUAUUUUGAUUAGAGUAAUAUAUGAAUUAAAUGUGCUUUUAUGUAGAAUGUUUUUAGUUGCUAUUAUGCUAUUAAAUGCUGCAUCUUCACAAGAA